AUGAGUAAGUUCGUGACUGGAGUAUCUGGAUUGGUGUUGAAAGUAUGUAGGACUGCUAUGCUCAACAAGGACAUGUAUCUUGCUAGGCUGAUGAUUUAUGCCCAACAAAUAGAGGCAGACAAGUAUCGUAGGACCCAUCCCCGCAAGAGUUUGGCUGAACAGAGGGGUUAUUUUGGUUGUGGAAAGUUGGGCCACAAACUUAGAGAGUAUUCGCAUGCCAGGCAGGGGAACAAAGAUGUGCGACUUCAGACUCAGGCUAAUAGUGCCCCAGCUCCUUUAGCCCGUCCAACUUCUUCUCAGGGCGCUUCUUCCAGUACUGCUGGCGGUCAGCGCCAGAACAGGUUCUAUGCCUUACCAUUCUGUCAGAAGCAGGAGGAUUCUCCCGAUGUUGUUACUG